CGUCUGCAGACGAGAGCGCAGAUACUGUUUCCACGAAGUGCUUGUGCUGGGCUACAGCUGCGCCGACCCUGCGCGGGAUGGCGCUUUUGGAGCAGGGCGAAAACGCCCCCGAAGAAAACUGCAGACGACUCGUGGUGUUGGGCUCGAGCAAAGUGGGGAAAACUGCAAUUGUGUCGAGAUUUUUAAAUAACAAGUAUGAUGAAAUCUAUACGCCAACAAUUGAGGACUUCCAUCGAAAGAUUUACAAGAUCCGAGGCGAGGCUUAUCGUCUUGAUAUUUUGGAUACGUCUGGCAAUCACCCGUUUCCUGCCAUGAGACGAUUAUCGUUCAUUACAGGUGAUCUGUUCAUCUUGGUGUUCAGCAUCAACAGUAGGGACUCAUUCGACGAGGUUGCGAGACUAAGAAAACAAAUUAUAGAAUGUAAAAGUCAAUGUAAACUGGGAUCUACAAAUCGCAAGACGAUACAUACGCCGAUGGUCCUCGUCGGUAACAAAUGUGAUAAAGAGAAAGAACGAAUUAUAGACCCUUCGGAACCAUUAGCGCUUAUAGCUGGCCAGCAGAUGUCAGACUAUAUAGAAACGUCUGCCAAAAAGGAUAUUAACAUUGAUGAAAUUUUCCUGCGUCUGUUUCGCCUUGGAAAGCUUCCGACGGAAAUGAGUCCGGCGUUACAUCGUAAGGUAACACCGUCGUAUAUUGGAUCGAGUGUAACGCACUCUGGUAAACGGAGCCUCUCCCUUCGGCGUAAGAUGAGCGAUGCGUGUGGUGCAAUAGCUCCCAAUGUUCGAAGACCAAGCAUUCGUACUGAUCUGCUGGUGGCACAGACUCGAACAAACCUGAAUUCGCCUACAGUGAACCAAAGUCGAGACUCAAAAUGUGCAAUUAUGUAGACUUUUCAUUAAUAUUGAUUGUUAACAUUCAUGGUGGUGUCAUCAAUGUGUUUUGUCAUUCCGAUAUGCUCACAUCUUUCUGAUCGAUAUAACGUGUUGUCGAAAUAAAACCAUUACUUUCAAAAAGUACAUGCAGUUUCUAAGGUCAUCCUAAAAUGAAGUACCCUACAUUAAAAAAUUACAUAAAAUUAUGCUAGAAGAUUUUGAAAAGUUAUUUGAAGCAUUGAA